GUCGUAAUAGCUACGAGUAGUUGAAAUCGAAUAGUCCUUCGCCUUGGUUGUGUGAAGUGCGUAUUAUUUAUUUAUAUUUGAAAUAUUUGCACGUGGGAAAUAAAGAAAAAUCGUUCAUUAAAAUGUUUGGCGGAAUUGGAGCAUCACUAAAGAACAUCGGGGCUAAAGCCGAAAAUCUUUUUGAAAAGAAGAAGAAGGAAGCGGAAGAAUUGGCAGCAGAAAAGAAAAGGGCGGCAGAAGAACUAAUCGCCGAGCAGGCUCGUAAAACCGCUGAAACAUUUAAUCAAACGAAAUCGGAACUUGAAACAAAAGCAGCCGAAACUGCUAACGAUGCCAAGAAGACUGCGAUUGAUGCCUUUGAUGAAGAGUUUUCUAAAGCAGAAAAGGCUAUCGAUGGCAAAGUUCAAGAUGUUACAAAUGCAGCCGAUGCCAAAUUAAAACAAGCAGGAGAGACACUGGAUGGUACAUUGAAAAAUGUCGGACAAGCAAUGGACAGUACAGUUGAUCAAACUACUGGCUUCGUCGAUAAUACGUUGAAACAAGCCGAAAGCGCCAUCGAUAAUACGAUGCACGCCGCGAGCAGCGCAGUGGAUUCAAAAAUAAAAGAAGCUGAUCAGUUUAUCGAUGGAAAACGAGAACAAAUUGGAAAAACUGUAGCCGACGCCGCUGGAAAAAUUCACGGAGCUACAGAUAAUGCAGCUUCUGGUGCUCAAGGCCUUCUUGGAAAAGCAACUGCAGGCUUAUUUAAAUAGCUUGCUUAAUUUAUCUUGCUAAAUUUUAUGUCUAUUUUAAAUGAAAUAUGCAGAUUUGCUGAUAAUUAUAGCUCUCUGAGUUUGUCGGAGAAUGGAUUUAUUACAAGUCAAUGAAUGUGUGAUUUGAAGCUUCAAACUAAUAAUUUUUCAAACAAUAGCAUUACAAUAUCUUUUGGUGUUUUCAAUAGGUGUGAACACGAUUGCUAUAAUAUUGUUGAAUAUUUCAUUGCAUGUUCCAUGAAU